GUCGUUGAGGACGGCGAUAUUGCGUCGUCAUCGCGCCCUCCACACCCCAAGCUUUACACCCAGCCCGCGAAGACACUCCUCGGGGCGGGUCCUGGCCCGCUUGACAGCUCGUCUCGAGUUCGGAUCUCCCAGGGAAAAACGGUUUCGAAGGACGCGGAAAGAGACCACAUCGUAUGGCCGCGACCGCACCCGCACCCGAGUACAUCCCCUCGCGUCGUAGCCUCGAGCUCUGUCCGCGCUCAUACGAUGUGGUCGAGCGCGCGGAGCUCGACACGCUCUGCGUCCAGCUGGAGGGGAUGCCCACGGUCUCCAUCGCCCAGAACCCGUGUAUCGGGAUCCCCGGCGCGAUGUACGAUUGUGCCCUGGCGCUCGCCAGCUUCGUAGUCGACGAGAUCAUCGUUACCAAACGCGAGGGCGAUCCCGCCGCGGCUCGGGCUAUGAGGAUCUUGGAGCUCGGCACGGGCAGUGGAGCGUGUGCUCUGCUGGUGGCCGCCGCCUGUUCCUCCCGGGGGGUCCCCGCGAGGCUCUUGUUGACGGACAGGAACCCAAAGUCGGUCGACCUCGCCCGUUGUAACGCCGAUGUGCUCCAGCUAUCUUCUGGAAACGUCGAGAUUGACGUCGCCAGGUUCGCGUUUGGCGAAGACGUCGGGACAUACUUGCCGACCGAUUUCGCCACCCCCGACGUGGUCGUCGUGUCCGAUGUGUUAUACAGUCCCGAGUCCGCUGUUCCCCUCGCGCGCACGCUCAGGCAGCUGUUGCGCCAUGACGACGACGGCGAGUCCGUGCUCGCGUCGCCCGCGGACAGGCGGCAGCCCGCGUGCUACCUGGCGUGGCGGCCGAGGUCGUGCAACCCCGACAAAGUGACCGCAGUGAAGGCGUUCAUCGUCGAAUGCGGGGCGCUGGGGCUGUCCGUGCACGACGCUAGCCGGUCGAACGGGCGGGCGGCAUCGACUGCGAGGGUGUGGGACGAAGCGGCGGGAGGUGAGGGUUGGUCUCAGACGUACGAUCCGGCAAACGCGGCGAGGGAAGGAUUGCGAAUUUUGAAGAUAGAAUCCACGUAGCUAGUGAAACAACACGUUAGCGCAU